AUGGCUACCUCUGCUGAGAAACCUACCAUGACGGACAAUUCCAACGCCAUCGCCCGUCCGGUGCCGCGCAAGUUCAAAGCGUCUGACCUCCCGCUCCCUUCUGCGACCCGGGCUGCCAUCGAGAGCCUGGCACACAGCUUCAAAAAGGAAGGCGCGUACGACUUGAUUCGAAAGCAAGUGUGGGAUAAGUUCGAAGCCAGCGACUACGAAGCGCAAGUCACAAAGGCCAUCCUCGAAGUGGCAGAGAAGGAGGUCGAGCGCAAUCCUCAGCAGCUGCUGACCUUGGAUCCGCGCAAGGCCGCAGCUCUCAUUGACGGCGCUCUUGAACGAUCCGGCGUCUAUCACAAAGCCGAGGACGUCAUCGGCCAGCUUAUAGACCUCGACGCCAUUGAGGAACGGAUUCGAGAGAUUCGCCGGGCCGACAUUGGCGAAGACGCGGCCGAGGCUGAGCGGCUCCGUGGCUCCAAGACCGAUGAGGAGUACGCUGCAGACACAGAGGCGCGGCAAGCUGAGCGGGAACGCGUGAGAGAAGAACUUCGCCAAAAGGAACUGGCCAUUGACGAGGAAAAGCGCCGCAUCGCCAAGGAGGAGCGCAAGAAGGAAGAACGCGAACGCGAACAAGCCGAGCUGAAGCGGCAAGAAGAGAGAGACGGGCGGCGUAGAAAGCGAGAAGAGGACCGUGCCGAAAGGGAAAGGGUGCGUGACGAGGAGCGGGAGAAAAGACACAAAGAGCGUGAACUCCGAGAAAAGGAGAGGGAGCAGCAACGCGACCGUGACCGAUCAAGAGACAGGGAUCGGGACAAGGAUCGCGACCAGGAAAGGUACAGGGACAGCAACAAGGACCGUGGACGAGACCACUCGCGAGAUCGCUCCCUCGACCGCGACAGGGAAAGGGCCUCAAAGGCCAAAGAGGCAGUGCAGGAGCAAAAGCUCUCCAAGGAGGACAACGAGAGACUGGAACAAGAAGCCUUGGCGGACUUGCUGCGAGAAAGCUCCAGGUCUGAUCAUGCCAAGGUCGAGCUCGAGGUUGACGCGGCCCUCGCCCCGCCUCCGAGGAAAUCCGUGCCGGCUUCUGCGAUUGACCCCAUCAGAAGAGACUCCCGCAAAGUUGCCGAAAGCGGCUCCCGAAGCGAAAGGCGAGAGUCGCAGGCUCCGGCAGACUCGAAGCCGACUGGCUUGCGAGACGGGAGACGAUCGAGCCGUAGCGCCUCUCGUGCCGGAGACAGAGACCGCAACGCGGCUCGGGAGAGGAGCCGCCGUCGCGAAGACAGCCGGAGACGGGAUAGACGGUCGCAGUCCCCCCAGCGAGAAAGGAGCCGGUCCCGAGACCGCAACAGACGACGGGACAGGAGUCGCUCGCGGCUAAGACGCGACAGGUCGCGUUCUCGGCACAGACGAGACCGCGUCCGCGACCGGAGCCGCUCGACGCGACGCAGGGAGCGCACGCGGUCGCCGCUGAGGUCGGAGCGGCGCGACCGGAGCAGCUCCGAGCGACAGCGGUCCCGCACACCUGUCCGCGCGGAAAGACGGGCGCGGAGCCGCUCCCGAGCCAGACGCGACCGGAGCCUGUCGAGAGACAGCCGACGCGGCGCGGCCGCCGACCACUACGACCCUCGGGCCUCGGCUCGGUCACCGCAGGUGCGACGGCACAGCCACGAUCGGCAUCGCGACAGAGCGAGAGACAAGGACAGAGACAGGAACCGCGACCGAGACGCCGAGCGCGAGAGGGGUCGGGACCGCUCCCGCUCCCGCUCCCGCUCAGGUUCCCGCUCCCGCCCCGGCGCCGCUGUCGUCCGCACCGCCUCGGCCGUCCGAGAAGAGCUGGAGGAGCGGAAGCUCGUAGAGGUGAAGAAGCGCGAGAAGGAAGCCAAAGCCUACCUAGCCGCCCAGAAGUACGCCAAGGCCAAGGGUCUUCCCAUCCCAGGCGUGGACGACAAAAAGACCACGCGAGAAGACCGUCGAGACGGCCGCCGUGACGAAAGACGGCGCAGUCGGUCGCGGAGCAAUAGUCGUGAUAGGAGGUACAGGGACAGAGAUCGCGACAGGGACAGGGACAGGGACAGGGACAGGGACAGGGACAGGGACAGAGACAGAGACAGGGACAGGGACAGGGACAGGGACAGAGAUCGUGACAGACACCGCGACAGAGACAAGAGUCGCACCCGUGACCGGGAUCGCGACAGAGACAGGCGCGACAGGUCACGCCACAGUCACAGAGACAAGGGCAGAGACCGCGACCGAGACGCGGACAAGGACGACCGGCGACGCAGAGACAGGAGGAGCUUGUCUCCUCGUAGAGACCGACGGCGUACGAGAUCGCCUAGCCGGCGCCGCAGGAGCAGGAGUCGCUAG